AUGGGUGCCUCCGACCCACCUCCAGAGCAUCAUUCAGGUGUCUUGGAAUGUUGGGGUGGAAUGAUGCUCAACAAGCUCCAAAAUGGGAAUGAAGGUUGUCUCCCCGUAUUGGACCCUAUGCAUCUUGAUGCUUGGAUCAGUUUUCCCUUAGCCGGUGGGGUUAAGGUGCUCGACAUUAUAGCUCGUGUUAGGAAACCUAGUAAGAUACCCUCAGCCCAGUAUCGUUGUGCAACACUAGAGGUGUUGAAACUCGAUGUUAAUGUUAAUAACCUUGAUUUCAACAUCCCCUAUUCUAUUUGUAUUCGUUUACCAAACUUGAAGGUAGUCCAUCUUACUUUUCUCAAGCACACCCCUAAUGACUCCAUGGCUAGGCUAGUUGCUAGUUGUCCAUCCCUCCAAGACUUGGUACUCAAUGCUGAUUUCUGGAUACAUAUAAAUUACAUUACUUCACAAUCUCUUCGUAGAUUAGUUAUCGAUUUUCCAGGUAAUACGUGGUUUGAUGAUAUGCCUAAAAUGCCCCCAAGGAGCGAGUUUGAGCUUGAUAUUCCUAAUCUGGAGCAUCUAAAGUAUGUGGAAUCUACGGUGUUCGUCUACUCCAUCACCAAAAUGAACAAUCUAGUCGAUGCUCAAGUUGAUGUUGUAGACCUUCAUCUUGAUGGUACUAAAUUCAGUAUUUUCAGCGGCUUGUCUAAUGUCCGAAGUUUGUAUCUCAUGUCAAGGACUACAAAUACAAUGGUUAGUUUUGUCUCCGAUCCAUCCUCUAACAAGUUAAAAUUACCUUAA